GUCGGAGCAGAGCAAGCGACUGAUUCCGAUGAACUUCCUCUCAGUACAUUGCGACGUUUCAUUGCUUAUGCCCGCGAACGAUGUGGUCCGCGAUUAUCCGAAGCAGCAGCCGAAAAGUUGGCCAAUCAAUACGUGCUGAUGCGCUCAGGGUCAUCUAGACAAGAACAAGAAACCGGGAAACGCAGCGCAAUACCCAUCACUGUAAGGCAAUUGGAGGCAAUCGUCCGUAUAGCCGAGGCUCAAGCGAAAAUGCGCUUAGCAGCGUUCGCCACAGAAGCCGAUGUCGAAGAGGCUUUGCGACUCUUUCAAGUAUCCACGUUGGAGGCCGCUAUGUCUGGCAGUUUGGAAGGCGCUGAAGGUUUCACCAGUCAAGAAGAACAUGACCUAAUACUGCGUGUUGAAAAACAGUUGAAACGUCGCUUUGUAAUAGGAAGCCAGGUCUCAGAGCACGCAAUUUUACAGGAUUUUACACGUCAGGGGUUUCCCGAGCGCGCAGUGUCAAAAGUGCUGCACUACAUGAUUCGCCGUGGUGAAGUACAAUAUCGGAUGCAACGGCGCAUUCUAUAUCGCAUCAAAUGA